AUGUGUGGUGUGGCAAAUCUCGUACUCCAGGUGAAGCAGAAAUGCCCGCAGACAAAGCUCAUCCUCUCGGGCUACUCCCAGGGAGGGCAGCUGGUACACAACGCCGCCAAGAUACUGGGGCCGCAGGGCAUGAUCUCGGCCGUGUCGGCCGCCGUCACCUUUGGGGACCCUUACAACUCGGCCCCCGUCCCGGGCCUGCCGUCGGGCGACACCAUGAUCUUUUGCCACAACGGCGACGACAUCUGCAAGGGCGGCGAGCAGCUCUUCGACCCGCACUUCACCUACAACCGCGACGCCGGCAAGGCGGCCGACUUUGUCCUACUCAUCACCAAGCUCAGCCCAGCUAGCAACACGGCGGGCCUACGGAAUGGUACGAGGCUUCCUUUCAGUGCUUAA